AUGGGUUCCCUAGCAGAAACCAGGCAAGUUGGCCUUAGUGCCGCCAUCGUCCACGCCCACGGUGAAUAUGAGUCGAAAAACCCUCAGUCUCGCAAAUAUCAUGACGAAGCCUGCAAAUACAUGCCAGGCGGCAACACGCGAACAGUGCUUCACACAAAUCCGUUUCCACUGACUAUUGACCACGGGAAAGAGUGCUAUCUAACAACUGUCGACGGACACUCUUAUGUCGACUUCCUAGGCGAGUAUACUGCAGGCAUCUACGGGCACAACCACCCGGUCAUAAAACAAGCGGUCGAGUCCGCAUUGCAGGGUGGCUGGAACUAUGGAGGUCACAACAAGAUGGAGCCGGAACUCGCAAAGAUUGUGUGUGAGCGGUUUCCUGCAAUGGAGCUGGUCAGGUUUGUCAACUCGGGCACCGAAGCCAAUAUGAUGGCACUUGCUACAGCUCUGGCUUUCACUGGAAAGAAGAAGAUCCUCAUCUUUUACAAAGGCUACCAUGGUUCGACGAUCUCGGGACGGACACCCUCGGACAAAACCUCGAUCAACCUCCCGCAUGACUUCAUCGUCGGCACAUACAACGACGUCCAGGGCACCGAAUCUCUGGUCAACUCUCUUCCCAAGGAUUCCCUCGCCGCAAUCUUACUGGAACCCAUGCUCGGGUCAGGGGGUUGCUAUGCCGCGAGCAGCGAAUUCCUUUCCACACUCCGCCGCCUGGCGACCGAACACGGCGCGCUACUGAUUUUCGACGAAGUCAUGACUUCGCGCCUUCACUACCAUGGCCUCGGCAGCCAAAGGGGCAUCAUCCCAGACCUCAUGACGCUAGGCAAGUGGGUGGGUGGCGGGAUGAGUUUUGGGGCAUUCGGGGGCAGGAGAGACAUCAUGAAACUUUACGACCCACGCGACGGAAGACUCCAACACCCGGGCACGUACAACAACAACUGUUUUACCAUGAGCGCCGGGAUAGCAGGAUGCAGACUACUGGACCCAGAGACGAUCAACGGCCUGAACGCGCUGGGCGAUCGUAUGAGGACGGCAAUUGAGGCCGUGCUUUCGAAACGGGGCAUCUUGCAAGGCAACACAGUCCCGUCAGGCCCAGUCACCGACGACAUGCACACCACGCCAGACCACCCACAGCGGCCGCCCAAGAUGUUCAUCAAGGGCGUAGGAAGUCUCAUGGCAAUUCAAUUCGCCGGCCCUGAGGCAGGCACAUUGCAGGACCUCUUCUAUCACCACAUGCUGGAGCAAGGCAUCUACCUGGCGGCAAGAGGAUUCGUGGCACUCAACAUUAUGCUCACGGAGGAGCACAUCGCCAUGUUCGUUGCGGCCGUUGGGAGGUUUUGCGAUACCUGGGACGCCGACUUGAAGUGGUGA